AUGCUGCUCAACGGAGUGUUGCCGCUGCUAGCUCAGUACUGGCCAAUCGUUUUGGUCUCGCUGACGCUUGGCUGGCUGCUGAACAAUAAGUUCUGGAAGGGCUUGAAUCGGUAUCCGGGUCCUUGGUUGGCUGGUUACACGAACUGGUGGAGGUUUUGGGAUGUGUGGGGGAGGCAUCACCAUUGGACUAUCAUCAAGUUGCACCGCGAGCACGGAGACGUGGUGAGAUUGGGCCCGAAUGUCUUAUCCUUUGCGGAUCCGAGGGCUAUCAAGGUCAUCUAUGGACUGAACAAGGGCAUGGUCAAGUCCGACUUCUAUCCUGUGCAGAAUGCUGUUGCGAAUGGUCAUCGACUUCAAUCACUGUUCUCUACGGUCGAUGAGGACUACCACGCGAAGUAUCGUCGCUGUGUCAACAAUGCCUUUGCCAUGAGCUCCCUAGUCAACUACGAGCCGCUGGUCAGCUCGACUGUUGGCGUAUUCCUCGAUAAGACGCAAGAGAUGUAUGCAAACACGGGGAAGACUUGCAACUUCAGCCAGUGGUUGCAGUACUUCGCUUUUGACGUCAUUGGAGAUUUGACCUGGAGUAAGAGGUUGGGGUUCGUUGAAGAGGACAGGGACGUGGACGGCAUCAUUGGCUUCUUGCAAGGCUUCUUGAGUUAUGCAGGCCCGAUUGGCCAAAUGCCCAUCCUCGACCUCUUCCUGGAGAAGAACCCCAUUUCUCUCUUCUUCCAACGCAUCGGCCUAAGCAAAACCGUCUUUCCCGUGACCCUCUUUGCGCAAACCCGUUCCAACGAACGCGCAGGCCAGAUCCAAAAGAUCAAAGCCUACGGCCUCCCCGAAGACCAACCAAACCCACGUGGCGUCGACCUCCUCUCGAAAUUCGCCCAAGCAGCCCACGACCACCCCGACUUCAUGGACGACACCCGCAUCCUCUCAUCCUGCACCUCCAUGGUCUUCGCCGGCUCCGAAACGACCGCCAUCUCCCUAUCCAGCGUCUUCUACUUCCUCCUCAAGCACCCAGCCGUCUACGCCAAGCUGAUGCAAGAACUCGACGAAGCAGUCACAAACGGCACCAUCGAACCCCGCACCGACAAAACCGUCUCGUGGUCCGAAUCCCAAAAACUGCCCUACCUCGACGCCGUCAUCCAGGAAUCCUUCCGCAUGCACCCCGCCGCCGGCCUCAUCCUAGAACGCAUCGUUCCCCCGCAGGGCAUGGACAUCCUCGGCGCCUUCAUCCCCGGCGGCACCAUCGUCGGCUGCAAUCCCUGGGCCUUGCACCGCCGGCCGGAGAUCUUCGGCGAUGAUGUAGAAACGUUCCGCCCUGAGCGCUGGCUCGAGGCGCCGCCAAACAAGCUUAAGGAGAUGAAGGCUACGAUGUUUCAGUUUGGGGCUGGGGCGCGCACGUGUAUUGGGAAGAAUGUUAGUUUGUUGGAGGUGUAUAAGUUGGUGCCGAGUUUUUUGAGGAGGUUUGAGAUUGAGCUUGAGCGACCGGAUGCAGAGUGGAAGACGCAUAAUGCGUGGUUUGUGAGGCAGAUGGAUUUCAAUACGAGGUUCAGGCCGAGGGAGAGUGCGCCGUGA